AUGGAGGAUAAGCCUGGGUUUGGAUUCCGUCCGUACGAAGAGGAGCUCGUGGGUUACUAUCUCCGUCACAAAAAUCUGGGAAACAAUAGUCUCGUUGAAGAAGCUAUUAGCGAAGUCAAAGUCUAUAGCUUCGAUCCUUGGAAUUUGCGUUUCCAAUCGAAGAUCAAAUCGAGAGAUCACUUUUGGUAUUUCUUCUAUUGUAAGGAAAACAAGUACGCGAAUGGAGAUCGACAGAGCAGGACAACGAGUUCUGGGGCUUGGAAGAUUACUGGAAAACCUGUAAAAGUUGAGGAUCAAUGGGGACUUUAUGGAGUUGCAGGUGUAAUUGGGUAUAAAAUCCAUUUGGUUUGGCAAAAGGAUAAAAACUCCAAGGGAAUCAAAUCUGAUUGGGUUAUUCAAGAGUUUCACUACACUCUCUUGCCAGAAAAUCAGAGGAACUAUGUUGUCUGCAGACUUGAAUAUAAGGGUGACGACAGAAACAUCCUUUUGGAGAAUGCUACAGAUCCAAUUCCCACUUUUGUCCCCAAUAUGACUUAUAGCUCAGGUUCUGUGGUCGAUCAACCAGUUCAUGAAUAUUCAGGAUUUGAGCUUGAGUCAGCAAAUCAUCAAGGCCACUGGUUCCCUGGCGACUUGGACAUGCAACAAUCAGUUCAAGGACUUUCAGGAUCUUUCAACAAUUUCACCGAGGACUGGUGGUUAGCUAGCUACUUUAACCAACAAGCUCCUUACUCGCUCCCACAUGGAGAAGAGUCAGAGAUGAUUUGGAAGACUGUUGUUGAAGAAAACCAUGAGUCUUUGGUAGAUGAAAGGAUGUUUAUGCAGAAUUACAAUGAUUACCGGCCAAAAAAUCCGGUUACAGGGGUUUUACCCGAUCAUAGCAGUGAUAGUGACACUGACUCAAUGAUUGGUGGAGACACUUCUAGCUUUACUGAUAGUGUUGGUAGUUCAAAUGGACCGUGCCAUACUCCUGUUGAUGACAUUCUAUCAUCGAGUACUAUUGAGCCUUUGCACAAUUAUGUGGUUCAAGAGCAACCAAAGCAGCUGAAAUUGCAGUUGCAGGGCAAAGAGAAGGUGAUAAAUAAGCAGAAAACCGAAAGCGAAUGGAAAAUGGCUGAAGACUCCUCGAUCAAGAAAACUUUAUCCGCCAACACAGUGAAGCAGAACUGGAUUGUUUUAGAGGAGAAUAGUCAAAGGAAGUCGCAAUGGAUCUAUCUCAGGAACAUGAUCAUUGGCUUCUUAUUGUUCAUCUCCAUCAUUGGUUGGAUCAUUCUUGUAGGUUUAAGAGGUCAAAUCUGA